CCCCCUCUUGACUCCUUCCUCCCUCUUAUCUUGAGUCCUCUCUCUUUGGUUGUAACGGCGAGGAGGAGGAGGAAGAGGAGGAGAAUAGUUUUAAUGGGGAUAUAGAGGCUUUGUACUAGUUUGGAGGAACCACAACGGGGAGCUGGCGUUUUCCUGGGUCAAAAGAAAACUCAACAUCCUGUUAGCCCUUCAAAAUGUUCUUGCCCUUUAACCAUCAAAAGGGAUCAAAGAAUGGUAGACCAAACUAAUAUUAUUAUUAUUGGGGUCUCUGUUGGUGUGACCUUUGGGAUCUUGGUUGCAUUUUGUGCAUAUAUCGCUAUCAGGUUUUAUAGAAAGCAUUCUCAUGUCCAGCAGCAACCAAAUGAGCUUAGUGCAGCAUCUCUUCCCAUACGUGCAAAUGGCGUUGGUACAAGCAUUGAUUUUAGUGCAUCACUGUCAGUUUCUGAUGGCUUGCAUCAGAUGGAGACAAGGAACACUUACUGGGGUCAGCGAGGGCACCAAAACAAAGAUCUAUUUGCUUCUAUGUCAGGAAUUCCAAGAUACUCAUACAAGGACAUUCAGAAAGCCACACAGAACUUUACAACUAUUUUAGGACAGGGAUCUUUUGGUCCAGUCUAUAAAGCUGUAAUGCCUACAAGCGAAGUGGUAGCUGUAAAGGUUCUUGCAGUUAAUUCAAGGCAAGGAGAGAGAGAAUUCCAGACAGAGGUUGUUUUACUUAGUAGGUUGCACCACAGGAAUCUUGUGAAUUUGGUUGGAUAUUGUGUAGAUAAAAAUCAGCGCAUGCUUGUCUAUGAAUUCAUGAGUAAUGGGAGUUUGGCGAAUCUCUUAUAUGGUGAUGGUCCACAUAUAUUGAGCUGGGAAGAAAGACUACAAAUUGCACUUGAUGUUUCACAUGGAAUUGAGUAUCUUCAUGAAGGGGCUGUCCCGCCUGUCAUUCAUCGAGAUUUAAAGUCGGCUAAUAUACUCUUAGACAAGUCAAUGAGAGCCAAGGUUGCUGAUUUUGGGCUGUCCAAGGAGGAGGUUUAUGAUGGCAGAAAGUCAGGUCUCAAGGGCACAUAUGGCUAUAUGGAUCCUGACUAUAUGUCAACAUGCAAGUUCACAAAGAAGAGUGACAUAUAUAGCUUUGGCAUAAUACUGUUUGAACUCAUAACAGCCAUAAAUCCACAACAAGGUCUAAUGGAGUACAUCAAUCUUGCAGCAAUUGAUAGUGAGGGAAAACCUGAUUGGGAUGAGAUACUUGAUAGGAAGCUUGUGGGUGAAAGCAAUCCUGUAGAGGUCAGGCUUCUUGCUGACAUUGCUUACAGGUGCUUGCACAAGAUCCCAAGGAAGCGCCCCUCGAUGGCAGAUGUAACUCAGGCUAUUGCAAAAAUAAGACAGCGGCGCCUGGUCAGGGAAGAUACUGUGGCUGCUUCGGUGAGCGAUAUAUCUGGAAUUUUAAAGAGAAUAGAGCUUCAGCAAGUGGAGCUGAGCUCCAUGACUAGCAUCAAAGAGCAUCCAUCCCCAAUAGCAUAAUAUGUUCUUCAGAUUACUUUCUUCUUAUAGAGUACAGGCCCUGAUGAUCAGCAAGGAUGUACAGAUCAUCAAUCUUCGGACCAUUUUUGCCCGUCGGUGGGUUACCUAUUUGGUUUUCCAAUUACAGGCAUCCUUGAAGUGGAUCCUGCAAGGCUAAUUGCUGAGGUGCACAUGUAUUUAAUGGAGAACUCAGAUGUACAGGCAAUGUAUCUUGUUUUAGACAUGAAAUUGCUACCUCCAUUGUGUAUGGUAAUGCUUUAUCCUGCGAUGCUUGUGCUACAAUCAAACUGUCACUCUGGACUGGCAUGAGCAUUGAGAUUAACAUGGCUCAGUGAAUGAUUAUAGAAAUUAAGCUUUUGGUUCUUUCCCUUCAGUGUGGACUUCAUGAUUGUAAUUUGUGCACAAGAUCAUUGUCUAGGGGGAUAGAUGACUUCAAGGUAGCAACGUCCUAGCCUCCCAUGCAAUAGCCACAGGCGUCUCGAACCUGCAAUUGUAAAUUCUUGAGAACAAAUCGAGAAAACUGAAAUUUCAAUGUUGAAGUUGUCCUCGUUUUUCAUAAUGGAUGUUUUUUCUUU